CUUCCUGUAACUGAGAACUACAAAUCGCAUACGACUAGGCGAUUGUUCUAAAUUUCCGUAACCAUACAGAGAAGAUGCCGCUGUGUAAAGCUGUCAUUGUUCCAGGGAAUGGAGCUGGAGACGUGGAACACUGCAACUGGUAUGGAUGGGCUAAAACAGAAAUAAAUAAGAUGCCAGAUAUGAUUUGCCUGCUUAAGAACAUGCCUGACCCUGUGACCGCCAGGGAGAGCCUGUGGUUACCAUUCAUGGAGAAGGAAAUGGGGUGCGAUGAACAGACAGUGAUCAUCGGCCACAGCUCUGGAGCUGCAGCCGCUAUGAGGUAUGCAGAGACUCACAAGGUGCAUUCUAUUGUGCUGGUGGGUGCCUACACCUCAGACCUGGGCGACAAAAAUGAAAGAGAGAGUGGGUACUUCAGCCGGCCCUGGGAGUGGGUGAAGAUCCGGGAAAACUGCGCUCACAUUGUGCAGUUUGGCUCCACGGAUGACCCCUUCUUGCCCUGGAGUGAGCAGCAGGCAGUGGCCGAUGGCCUGCAGGCACAGCUGCACAAGUACACCGACCGCGGACACUUCCAGAAUACACACUUCCCUGAGCUCAUCCUCGCUGUGCACAAGCUCAGGGAAGCUGAAUGAGCAGCAGCAAGGAACCUGGAAAUUCCUCCUGUCACAUCAAUGAGACAGCUGCUAUGGACAGACAGUGGUAUUGUGCUGGGUAUUAAAUCAGGUGGGAUUACAAGUACUGUAUGUAAAUUAUGCAAGUCUUAAUAAAAUGAGCAUGCAUAGAUUUCAUCAAAGAAAGCAUUUCAGAAUGUAGGAAUCUUGAGAAUAUGUUUUGUUCCUUUUACCUGUAGUUUGAGUGCCCAAUUUCACUUAAGUGCUCAUGCCUGGAGGUAUGCUGUGCAAUGUCACCAUUCUGUAUAUUAUAUUAUUAUUUAGCAGAAGCUCUUACCAGAGUUAGUUGGUUUAGUUUUGACAUGUAAUCCAUUGAUACAGCUCGAUAUCUACUGAGGCACUUGUGGGUUAGGUACCUUGCCCAGGGCUACAAUGGCAGAGCCUCAGUGGGGAAUCAAACCAGCAACCUUUCAGCUACGAGCGCUGCUCCUUACCACUAUGCUAUACUGCCCACAUAGGCAGUAUAAGCGGUCUUGGUAAUGUUUGGGACUACUGGAAUCUGACUUGGUGUUAUAUAAACUACAGGGAACAAAUCCUUUUUGAUUGGAUUUAGUUAAUAUGUUUCACUCAAAUAAAGGAC